AUGGAGAUCGUCACAAUCUUAUUCCUCAUCGUCAUAUCUAUCUCCUUCUCCGUCUUCCUUAAACUCAUCUUCUUUUCCCCAACCCACAAACUUCCUCCCGGCCCAUCUCGUUUGCCGGUCAUCGGAAACAUCAUAUGGCUUAAGAAAAACAGCUUCUCCGAUUUCCAAGGCGUCCUCCGUGACCUAGCCUCACGUCACGGACCUAUCAUAACACUCCACGUAGGAUCCAAACCUUCAAUCUGGGUCACCGACAGGUCACUCGCUCACGAAGCGCUUGUCCAAAACGGCGCCGUUUUCGCCGACCGUCCUCUCGCUCUCCCCACCACCAGAGUCAUCACAAGCAACCAACACGACAUCCACUCCUCCGUCUACGGCUCUCUCUGGAGAACCCUUCGCCGGAAUCUCACAUCCGAAAUCCUCCAACCGGCGCGUGUGAAAGCCCACGCGCCGUCGAGGAAAUGGGCUCUCGAGACCCUCGUCGAGCUACUCGAAUCGGAGCAGGGAGAGAAAGGGCAUGUCUCCGAUGCCUUGGAUCAUCUCCGUCACGCGAUGUUCUGUUUAUUGGCUCUGAUGUGUUUCGGCGAGAAACUGAAAAGAGAAGAAAUCAGAGAAAUCGAAGAAGCUCAGUACCAAAUGCUCAUAAGCUACACCAAAUUCAGCGUCCUCAACAUCUUCCCAAGCGUGACCAAGUUCUUGCUCCGACGAAAAUGGGAAGAAUUUUUAAAUCUGCGGAAAUCUCAGGAGAACGUCAUACUCCGAUACGUUAACGCUCGGAGCAGAGAAACAGCCGGAGAUGUCCUCUGUUACGUCGAUACGCUGCUGAGUCUAGAGAUUCCGACGGAUGAGGAAGAGGGGAAGAAGAGGAAACUGAGUGAAUCGGAGAUCGUGAGCCUGUGCUCGGAGUUUCUAAACGCAGCGACGGAUCCGACGGCGACGGCGAUGCAGUGGAUCAUGGCGAUCUUGGUGAAAUACCCAGAGAUACAGAGGAAGGUAUACGAGGAAAUGAAGAGUGUUUUAGCCGGAGAAGAAGAAAAUAGAGAAGAGAUCAGAGAAGAGGAUUUGGGGAAGCUGAGUUAUCUCAAAGCUGUGAUCUUGGAGUCGCUAAGAAGACACCCUCCUGGUCAUUACUUAUCUUACCAUAAGGUCACAAACGAUACCGUUUUAGGUGGAUUCCUCGUUCCGCGCCAAGGUAUAACCAUGCACAAAUAA